AUUAUUUUACAAAAAUCAGAACUUCACUCUCAAAGCCAGGGUCUUUGAACCCUCGGCUAGCACUUGAAAACCAUUUCUGGGUUUUUUUUAACAUCUUGUUCAUUUGUUGAACUUCAAGGGAUUUUCUAAGGAAUUUUUCGUGUGAGAAGACGACCUUACUUCACUUGAUUACUGGGUUUUACUUAGAUUUGUGUAUUAGUUGAAUCUUUUAUCAGCCACGAUGGCAUCAUCUAGUAGUUCUGAACCGUCAUUCCAAAUUGAAGUACGACCGGAUUCCCGAUCCGAAGCUGAAUCGAGCUUGAACAGGGUUGCUUAUAGUGGUAUUGAUACUCUCCAGUAUCGUACUGAUUGUGUCAUCAACUCACUCCCGGCCGAUUCGGACUUGAAAUCUUUGAUAAAGGAAUACUUUGACAACUUCAAAAAGACUUUAGAGCUCUGUACUGCCAUGAAGGAUCGCCUCACACGUGCUCGAAACAAUCACGAAAUUAUUCGGUUGGCGGUUAAGUGUUUCGAUGAAGAAGUCGGGACCGACGAGAAGAAAUCCGGUAAGACCUUGGAGGAACUGAAAAGGUUCAAAGCAGCCGAAGAGCCUUUCUUUGAGGAGAUACGUGUAGUGCCAGGCAGGGUCCAUGUGCAGCAAGAAUCGUUGCAAGGGACGUUUAAUGCUCGGAAGGGAACGCUCGAAAAGAAAUUGGAAUCACUGGAAACAUGGAGGAGGGUGUCGUUGGCCUUUUUUGUUGUCGCUUUUUUUUCGGUGUUGAUUUUUUCCGUGGUGGCGGCAACCAAGUCCGUAAAGCAUGUCAUAACAGCUUUGGGUAGUGCGUUGACGGUUGCUAUAGUUCCGGUCGGAACAUGGUGCAACGAGCAUUGGAAGCGGAACAAGGAAAAAGAGAAAAAGAAGCUGAAAUUAACAACUAUAAUGGAGUUCUAUGCUGCUCGUACACCCAUCAUAAGGGUGCUUGUUGACCGAUUGGUAGUUAAAACCAAGCCACUGCUGGACUCCGUCGAUUACGUGCUCAAAGAAGGAUAUGCUUUCAAGGUCGCGAUGGAUAAGAUCAAAAAAAAUUCGAAAGAUGUUACGGAGACCAUCACGGAUUUUCUUCGACUGGCCGAUGACUGUGGCAGUGAAAUAAUGACGGAUUGGCGAGAGAUUUUGCAGCGGAUGAUAGACACGCUCUAGCACAUCAACAGGAGAGCGAAUACAAUCCCUUGGAACUCCAGCAAUGACAUACCUCACCGUGUUUAUGUCGUAUAGGUUUUACAUUCCGGUUUACGUUUGUAAUUACAUAUACGAUAGAAUGCUUCCAUGAUCCUAUGUGAUUAUAUACAUUUGAUCUUGUAUGACAUGAUAUUGGUAUUGUUGUUUUCAAUGCCAUAUGAUAAUAUUUAUGAUAUAUGUGUGUGAUAUAA